AGCUCGACGCGCGUGAAUGGAAACCUUGAACCUCAUCAUCAAAGCUCAACUUCAGCCCAUUAAACUAGCUUCCCCGGAUAGCCUUCCAUCACCACAAUCCACCACGCCGGAACCACCUGCAUCCAACUUUAUUUAUAUAGUACUAUCCGGAUAAUACGACAACGACAAUUACCAACAUUACCAACAUGGCCAUGUUCAGCCAGAACCCCGUCCUGAACGGGCCCAACUACUCGUUUGCCGAAGUUCCUAAAGAUGCCAUCGAUGGUUUGCGGGAACACCGUUUCAACCCAUACACCGACAACGGCGGUUCCACCCUCGCCAUCGCCGGCGCCGACUUCACCAUCAUGGCCGGCGACACCCGUCUAACGUCAGGCUACAGCAUCAACACACGGUACGCACCCAAAGUAUUCAAGAUCGGUGGAUCCAACUCUUCGCAAGACGACGCAAACAUCCUACUAUCCGUAGUCGGGUUCGCAGCAGACGGCGAGGCGCUAAAGGAGCGACUUGACGCCAUCUGCAAAAUGUACCGAUACCGUCACGGCAAACCCAUGUCCGUCAACGCCUGCGCCAAGCGCCUGUCUACCAUCAUGUACCAGAAGCGUUUCUUCCCAUACUACGUCUAUGCUAUCCUGGGCGGAAUCGACGAGGAGGGCAAGGGUGCCGUAUACAGCUACGACCCCGUCGGCAGCUACGAGCGCGAGCAGUGCCGAGCAGGCGGUGCUGCAGGCAGUCUAAUCAUGCCCUUCCUCGACAAUCAGGUCAACUUUAAGAACCAAUAUGUGCCUGGAAGCGGCAUCGGGCACGACCUACAGGAACGAGAGCGCGUGCCGCUACCAAGGGAGGAGGUGGAAAUAUUGGUGAAGGAUGCAUUUGACUCGGCGGUUGAGCGUCAUAUCGAAGUCGGUGAUGCACUGCAGGUGGUCAUCAUUACCAAGGACGGAAUCGAGGAGAAGGUUCUUCCACUAAAGAAGGAUUAAGGGAUUUCCAGUGCUCCGAUUACAAGCGACCGUGUACUAUAUCAUAGGCAACGGAGUUCCUUGAUGUUUAAAUACAUCAUAACUGACUACUGACAUUCUCGAGUAUGAUCAAACCAGUUCCAUGAUACC